CAUAGCACUAUAACCCCCCCAUCGCAGGUUGAAGAUCUCACCACGCGACUGUCUAUGGGCGCUGAUGCUUACAAGGAGAAGUUUGUUGAAUGCCAUAAACUGGAGAAGAAAGUCAAGAAACUUAAACUUAUUCAUAAAUCGACGUCGAGUGCGAACGUUCCAUUGAAAACAUCAACCACCACUGAUGGGGAAUCCACCAUGCAAAGUAACGAUGGGAUUAUGAAUAAACUCGAGAAGUUGUUUCUUUCUAUUGCUGAUCCUGAUGCUGAAGAACAGGAGCAAACACUUAAACUUCAACAGAAAGUUGAUGAGAUGGUUAAAGCAGUUGAUACGGAACAUGCACGAUACAGGAAAUACAAACAGCUCUAUAUAGAGGAGAAACAGAGAUCUGCAACGAAACUCGCUGCAGCAACUUGUAAGCAAGAUGAGUUACAACUUCGAUAUGAAGAUGAGAUGGAAAGAUGUAAGAUGUUGGAUGAUGAGAAUAUGAUGCUUAAAACUCAGUUGAAUGAAUUCAUUGAAUCAUCUACCGAUGCUGCUGUACGUAAUGUUAUGACUGGAACACCACAGAAAGAACGAUCCCGUGAAAUAUUGGAUGAUGAAUCUCAGUUCCAGGACGCGCAAGAGUUUCCAAUGUUGUCAACCAAGUCCGAUUACUCUGCAAGUUCUGAUAGCAACGACGAUGGUUUAAGUUACGCUGGAGCAGCGAAAGCUGGUUUCACAAACUUGUGUAGCAAGGACAUACCUACAUACAGUAGUGAGGGGAAAAGUGAUUCCGAUGAAACUUCUCAACCAACAACAACUCGUCCCGUGCCGAUCUCUGCUCCACGGAAGAGCAAGGUGAUUAGUCGGCAACCAAUCAGAAGUCCUCCUGUUCUAUCUGAUGUUGUCACCAGUAGUAGUCAGUCCGAUAGCACGACCCCUUCUCACACCGAAGCUCGCAAAAAGAAGGGAAAGAACAAGAAAGGUAAAAGCAGAAAAUCCAUUCGACCGAUCAUGUAAAGGAUAUUCAAAACAAUAAAAAGACACAACAGCUGAUGAAAACAGCAGUGCGGAUAUUAAUUCUUUUGUUAUUCGUUAACAUUAUACUUUAUAUAUUCCAAUUCCUAAUGGUUUGCAAAAUUCUAGCUCUGUAUAAGCUUUAGUAAAUUUUGUUUUAUUGUAAACUCUAAAAUGAUUUAUAAAGUAUCCUGUUUUCAAAAUUUGUGUUUGUUAAGUAGUUAUUUUUUUGAGUUGGUCUAAAAAAGUUUUGGCACAUUGUAGGCAUAGUUUGUAAUUUUAAUUAGUAAUUCAUGGUUUUAACAUAAGGUGGCCACCAUUGUGGGUGACACCAUGUAAAGAUGAAUGCUAUUAGCAUGGUUUUAACUUUACUUGUUUGUUUUUGUGUGUAUAUAGUGAAGCAUUUUUUAAGGAGUUUUGGGUUGUUAAAUAUGUUAAAACUUGUUUCAUUGCCACACCAGCGGAUUUCUAAGGUUUGUCUGAAUGUUGUUUUCUUUAUGUUAUGUAUAUUUUCUUGUUAAACCUACGUAAGCACUUAAGUUUUGUACAUUAUCUUGCCUGGUGAUUUCUUUGCAGAUUCUUAUAAUAAUCAAUAUAAUCUACAUAUCAUUGAUUUGUUAAAAACCUAAUAAUAUUGAAAAACAUCAUCAUUAUUAUUGUAUGUAGACAGUUCAUUGAAAAAUAUUACUCAUCGUGUUUGUAAAAGUGAAUAAAAUGCUUGUAUUGGCACAAA